CUUGUAAGAAACGGAGGUGAGGGACCCCAAAAUUCCCCAUCUAUGUCAAGUGUCAACAAUACAUGAGUCAACUUCAAUCCGUCCUGCUGUCUGCCAAUGCUAUCCCUUACGCUAUUGGUCAUUUAAUAACAGUCAACUCCGUCCCCAUUGGUCGAUGCUCUAAGGCUAUAGAAGACACCAGUUUCUGCAGUCCAGUGUUUGUUAUUUGGUGCAGUGGAGGCUGUUUAGCAAGUUGGAAGGUCGAGGAAAGAUGUCAAGCAAUCACAUGAAUGGAGUCAACGGUGUAGGACUUGAUGGAGGACAGCAAUGGCACGUAGGUUUGCUCAAUGCCCAAUUUAAGUAUCUAACAGCGGAAACAUUCGGAUGUAAGGUAAAUGCCAACGGCACGGCACUGAAGAAGAAACAGUUAUGGAGCCUUGAGGCGUAUGGCGAUGACGAUGGCAUCUGUUUGAAGAGUCACUUAGACAAAUAUUUGGCUGUGGAUCAGUUCGGUAACGUUACUUGCGAUUCGGAGGUUAAGGAAGGGGGAGUAAAGUUUUUCGUCACUAUAGCCGAGGAUGGAUCUGGCCGUUGGGCGCUACGCAAUGCUAUACGCGGCUAUUAUUUGGGUGCCAGUACCGACAAGCUCGUAUGCACUGCCAAAGCUCCAGGACCCGCCGAAUUGUGGACCGUCCACUUAGCAGCAAGACCACAGGUGAACAUAAGAUCAGUCGGUAGACGACGUUAUGCUCGGAUCUCUACUACUUUGGAAGAGAUCCAAGUGGAUGCCAACACCCCAUGGGGAGAAGAUACCCUGUUCACUUUAGAAUUCCAAGAUGGCAAAUAUGCCAUUCAUACGUGCACCAAUCGUUACGUUCAAAAUGAUGGUAAACUAGUGGACAGCUGCUUACCCGAUUGUCUUUACACGCUGGAAUUCCAUUCAGGUUAUCUGGCUCUGAGAGAUAAUCAGGCUCGUUAUUUAUCACCCAUAGGGAGUAAGGCCAUUCUACGUACUCGAUCCCAAACUGUUACCAAAGACGAACUGUUCACCUUGGAAGAUUCUAUUCCUCAAGCUGCUUUUGUGGCAUUUAAUGGAAAGUACGUUUCGGUCAAACAAGGGAUUGACGUGACAGCAAAUCAAGAUGAAAUAUCGGAUCACGAGACUUUCCAGUUGGAAUUUGAUAAGUACACCAAGCGUUGGUACAUCCGAACCAUGCAGGACAAGUAUUGGACAUUAGAGAGCAGUGCUGGAAUUCAAGCCAAGGCCGACAAAGGAACUUCCAACAGCCUUUUCUCGUUGGUAUGGCAACCGGAAGGAAGUGUGGCAUUUAUCGCCAACAAUGGAAAAUAUGUAGCUGCGAAGAAAAGCGGCCAUCUUUUCGCCAAUAGCGACAAAGUCGACGAGACAGAACGAUUUUUCUUCUAUCUGAUCAACAGGCCGACUUUAGUAUUGAAAUGCGAACAGGGAUACGUGGGUUAUAAAACUGCUAGCACUCCCAAACUCGAAUGCAAUAAAGCAUCUUACGAAACCAUCCACGUGGAAAAGGACGAAAAGGGGAUAUGCUUCUUCAGAGGUAAUAAUAAUAAAUACUGGAAUGUAUCGGGCGAUGGAAUCUCUGUGGACUCCGAUUCUCCCCAGGGAUUUUAUAUAGAGUUAAGAGAACCGUCGAAACUCUGCAUCAAAACCUACGAUGGCUGUUACGUCAACGCCGAGAAAAACGGUUCCUUUAAGGCAACAGGAACUGAUCCCAACACCGCUACACUCUGGGAAUAUUGAAAAAAAAAGGAAA